AUGCAAAUGCAAUCUUGGCCACUUUUUCAACGCUCGUGCAUUCUCACUUCCCGUUUCGCUUGCUCCAAAGCUGGUCCAAUUCAGACUGCAAUUAAAGAGAAACUCACAGCUCUUUUUAAACCCACUUAUCUUGAUGUCAUUAAUGAGAGUCAUCAUCACGCCUCCAACAUCGGUCAUGAAUCCCAUUUCCGCAUUUCCAUUGUCUCCAAGGACUUUGAAAACAUUGGUGAUGUAAUGCGACAUCGGUUAAUCAAGAAGGCUCUUCAGCACGAAUUUGACGCAGGUUUGCACGCGAUCUCCAUUCUGGCAAAAUCUCCUUCCGAAGAAAUGAGGGAGCACAGAUCCGUGCCAUGCAUUGGGAAAUCGAAAGAGAUAAACCUUGACGAGUGA